AUGCCCCCGACUAUGCGAUCGUUGCCACUCCUGCUACUUGCCUUGCAAGGACUCUUUCAAUCAGCCAACGCCGAUACGCGGAUAUGCCGCUUUCCAGGCGGAAAGGUGACCGACGAUGUCCCCUGCACCUCGAAUCAAAACACCCACUGCUGCUCUCCGAGUUCUAUCUGCCUGGAUAAUGGGUAUUGUUACAAUAUAGCCCGCCAGCCGUUCGGUAUUUCUCGUGGAACCUGUACCGACGAGUCCUGGGGAAAGAACUGCCCUCAAGAAUGCAUUGAUGCCGACAAGAAAACGAAUAAAGGUUCCCCUAUCGUUGCUUUCACAACCCAGGGUGACGACCAGCUCUAUUGCUGUGGGGGACUAAGUUGGGAUGCGAAUAAAAAGGCAAUGGACUGUGCCGGCGGUGCUGAUCCUUUCACCUUGGAUUCAGCAAGGGCUAUUCUCGGUGUAGCCGCUCUCACUAACACCACGUUGGACACCGAGAAUUAUUACACGGCUGGGGUCAAUGCCUCUCAGGUAUCCGUAGCCAAACACUGUGACAAUAGCGGCAACGACGGCAAGAACGGCACAGAUGGCAGUAAUGGCGACAGUGAUAGUAAAGGGGGCAACAAUGGUACCUGUAGUACCGAUGGGAGCAACGGAAACAAAGAUGACUCCAAGGAGAAGACAGCCAUAGGCGCCGGCGUGGGUGUUCCACUGGGGAUCAUUGCGCUAGGGUCUUUGGCAUUUGCAUUUUUGCAAAAUCGACAGUUCAGAAGGUUGAAGGCUCAGUCACAAUAUGCAACCCAAGAGGGAAUGAUGGGUUCUUUGUUUCCCAUGGGCCACAUGGGCCACAUGGGCCAAAUGACUCAUGUGGAAGUCGGGCAUCAGACAUAUCCCGCGGAGUUGGAUAACCCUCCGAGAGAGUUGAUGGGGACAUCUAAAUGA